GCUGGAGCUCCGGGUUGUUCAGGCCUGUGAAGGCUUGAGGCGGACGUGAGCAGCGUCGGACCAAGAUGGCGGUGCAGGUGGUGCAGGCGGUGCAGGCAGUUCAUCUUGAGUCGGAUGCUUUCCUAGUUUGUCUCAACCACGCUCUGAGCACAGAGAAGGAGGAAGUGAUGGGACUGUGUAUAGGGGAGUUGAAUGAUGACCCAAGGAGUGACUCUAAAUUUACGUAUGCUGGAACUGAAAUGCGCCCAGUUGCUGAAAAGGUUGACACCGUCAGAAUUGUUCACAUUCAUUCUGUCAUCAUCCUGCGACGUUCUGAUAAGAGGAAGGAUCGGGUGGAAAUUUCUCCAGAGCAACUAUCUGCGGCCUCGACGGAGGCGGAGAGAUUGGCUGAACUAACAGGUCGCCCCAUGAGAGUUGUGGGCUGGUAUCAUUCCCAUCCUCAUAUAACUGUUUGGCCUUCACAUGUUGAUGUUCGUACACAAGCCAUGUACCAGAUGAUGGAUCAAGGCUUUGUAGGACUUAUUUUUUCCUGUUUCAUAGAAGAUAAAAAUACGAAGACUGGCCGGGUACUGUACACUUGCUUUCAAUCCAUUCAGGCCCAGAAGAGCUCAGAGUAUGAGAGAAUUGAAAUCCCAAUCCACAUUGUACCUCAUGUAACCAUUGGGAAAGUGUGCCUUGAAUCAGCAGUUGAGCUGCCCAAGAUACUUUGCCAAGAGGAGCAGGAUGCAUAUAGAAGGAUUCACAGUCUUACACAUCUGGAUUCAGUGACCAAGAUCCAUAAUGGCUCAGUGUUUACCAAGAACCUGUGCAGUCAGAUGUCAGCAGUCAGCGGGCCUCUCCUACAGUGGUUGGAGGACAGACUGGAGCAAAAUCAGCAACAUUUGCAGGAGCUGCAACAAGAAAAGGAAGAGCUUCUGCAAGAACUUUCUUCUCUAGAAUAAAGGAGAAGACAAAAUGGGGAAAAAUGAACGUAUCCAAGUAUAAAAUUAAAUAAGCUAAAUCAAUUUUGAAGAAAAAGUUGGAAGGACUCACAUUACCUGACUUCAAGACUCACUAUAAAGCAGUAUUAAGCAAGAUGAUAUAGUAUGUGACCAACUGAUUUUUGACAGAGAUGCAAAAACAGUUCAGUGGAGGAAGAAUAGUCACUUCAACAAAUGACGCUGGAAAAAUUGGACACCCAAAGGCAAAAAAUUAACUUUGACAUAAAAUGCAGUUCAUAUAAAAAAUAACUCAAAAUCUAUAACAUGUAAAACUAUACAAAAUUUAGAAUUAAAAUCAUAGCAAAAUUUUCAUGAUCUUGGGCUAAGCAACAGUUUCUCAGCCUUUACCUCCAAAGCACAAUCCUAAAAGGAAAAGUUUGACUUUAUCAAAAUGAAAACUUUCGCUCUGCAAAAAUUUAAGAGGACGAAGUUAUUCAGAGAAUUAUUUGCAAACCAUAUAUCUGAUCAAUGUAGAAUAUAUAACAGUAAAAACCAACAAUCCAAUUAGAAAAUGAGCAAAAGACAUUUCACUAAAGAGGAUAAUAUGGAUAGCAAGUAAGCACAGGAAAAGUUCUUGAAUUUCAUUAGUCAUCAGGAAAUACAAAUUAAAAUCACAGUGAUUUAUUACUACAUAUUUAUCAGAACAGCUAAAGAAAAAAUUUUUAAAAUACCAGAUGCUGUUGAGCAUACAAGCUGAAUCUCUCCUACAUGGCUGGAAAGUAAAAUGAAAUUUUAAUAAAGUUAAACAUACAUAUACCAUAUGACCCAGCCAUCUGACUCCUACACAUUUAUCACAGAGAAAUAAAAACCUGUGUUGGCAAGAAAACCUGUACACAAAUGUUCUUAUCAUUUUCAUUUGAAAUAGCCCAAAACGGGAAGCAACCCACAUGUCCUGCAAUUGAGUAGUUAAAUGAAUUAACACCAAUCACCCAUACCAUGGAAUACUACUCUUUAAUCAAAAGGAAUAGACUGUUGACGCAUGCAACUUGGAUGGCCCUCAAAGGUAUCCUGAUGAAUAUUUUAAAAAGCAGUCUCAAAAGGUCACAUACUGUAUAAUUGAUUUAUAUAACUUCCUUGCAAUGACAAAAUUACGGAAAUGAAGAACAGAUUAAUAGUUGUCAGGCAUAGGAACUGGAGGGGUGUGGAAUAUAUGUGUUAAAGGGAUAACACAAGGAAUUUCUUUGUACUGAUGGAACAGUUUUGUGCCUUGAUUAUGGUCUUGAUUUAGUGAAUUUAUACCUGUACUAAAACUACAUAGAUGUACACACACCCACAAAUUAAUACAUGUAAAAAUGAAAUAAGUUCUGCAAUCUAGUAAGUAGUAUUAUACCAUUUUCAAUAUGUUAGUUUUGAAGUAGUACUAUAUUUAUGUAAGCUCUUAUUAAUGGGGGAUACUGGGUGAAGGGUACAUGGGACUCUGUACUAUUUGCAACUUCCUGUAAAACUGUAAGUAUUGCAAAAUAAAAUUUUAUAGCCCUGG